AUGUUCAGUUUUGGAGAUGAUCGCAAUCCUGCGAACGACACAGUCAACGUGAUGGAAGAGAUCCUCGUCGAGUACAUUGCGGACGUGUGUCAGACGGCGCUUUCAGGUACAAAGAAAUCGCGCCUCUCAAUCGAAGACAUUCGACGAGCCUUGUCUCGACCAGCGGAUGCCAAGAAGCUUGCCAGGAUGGAAGAACUGCUAUUCAUGCAAGAGGAUAUCAAGCGUGCGCGCGCGCAAUUCGACGCCUCGGAGAUCAACCAAACGAGCGCAUACCAAUCUUGA